GAGAGACCGCUUCUAAAAUCCUGUUUCAAAGCCUCGUAACCACUUCGGAUAAUCAUCCAAAUAAUCAUGAAUAACCCGAAGAUUGCCGUACUAAUUAUUCUGUCGAUAAUAGUGAGGAUUGUCCGGUGCAAUCCCGAACUGAAACUUGUUCAGGUGCUCUUCAGACACGGUGAUCGCGCCCCCAAUCCUGGUUAUGAAAAGUGGUACCCGACGGAUCCUUACAUCAACGAAAGAUACGCCCCCGUCGGACUCGGUGGAUUGACUGAGGAGGGCAGCAGGCGAUCUUUCGAAUUGGGCCAAUUUCUUCGUGAGAGGUAUUUUUCGAAGCUGCAAAUGUCGGAGUAUUCGGAGUCCGUUUUCAGGGUGAGGUCCUCGGACAUCGACCGUUGCCGAAAAUCCGCGGAGGCGUUGGUAUCGGCUCUUUUUCCCGAUACUAAAUCGAUGCCGAUUUAUCAGAAUCAGUUGUUCAAGGAUCCUCUUUUCGUCGGUGUUUUUAUCUGUCCCGUGGCCAGAAGCGAGAAAGCCAGAGCUGAAAGGUUCAUGAGACACGGUGACGAAAGAUGGUCAAAUUUGUACGAGUAUUUGAGCAGACACUUGGGCGUCAAUGCGACCAGACAUCACGCCUUCAUUCUGCAUCACACGUUAAUGGCUCAGCGUUCGUUCGGCCUCACUCUGCCCAACUGGACGAGGCAAAUUUAUCCCUCGGAAGAAUUAGAGACGAACGCAGGUUUCGAAUACAUUCUACAAAGCUACAAUACCAAGUUGAAAAGAAUCAACGGAGGUUUGUGGAUUCGGGAGUUUUUGGAAAACAUGGAUAACUCGAUAAGCGGCAAGGACCGGGCUAAGAUGCUCGUUUACGCCGGUCACGAGACUAACGUAGCCGGUUUUUUGACCGCGCUGGAUAUAUUCAAGCCGCAUGUGCCGGAUUUCUGCAGCUGUCUGAUCCUCGAGAUGUACGAAGACCCCCGGAGCGUACGUGAGCGUUACGUGAGACUCUUCUACAAAAAGUCGGAGAGCCUCGAAGAGCUCCACAUACCGGGGUGCUCGGUGCCUUGCUCUCUCAAGGAUUUCAGAAUUCUGACCGAUCAUCUAACGCCGCAAAAUACCGAUCAAGAAUGCGGACUUGCCGUUUGAAUUGCACUCGUCUCACUUUCAUCGGUGUGAGAAUAAGGACGAUCGUGAUAACUUACUGACCAUUAUUCAUAUCGAUUGAAAUUUUUAUCAAAUACAUUUCUACGAACAAUGAAAUACUCUGUGGUUUUUUUCUAUUUUUUUUUUUCUAUUCCCAUAGAUCCACCCACCCCUGAACUGGAGCGUUUGUAUCUU